GGUGGUUGGAAUGUUAUCCGGAUGUUUGGCUAUUAUAUAUCCGCUUCGAUUUUUUGGUGCCAACGCCAACAACUGCCGGCAACGGUCGAGCCACCCACAGUGUCGAUGGAAGGUUAAAGUAGUCCCCGACGAACGAAGGUCUUCCGAGUGGAUGGGGCCACUGAGAUGGUGUCAUCUUUGCUUUUACAAGGAACUUCAAACAUGACGUCGACCCACAAGCACGCCAGGCGACCGAGCCACGGGAUCCCAAGCCCAAUGGCGUUCCUCUCACCCUCCGAAUUGAAGGCGUCGCUAUCGAUCCAAGUGCCUUGCGCCACACAUACCGUGGACGCUCGAUGGGGCUGCGACGAACCUCCCUCGGAAGAGUUGUGCCAAGAGUACAAACCGAACGUGUUUCGCAAAGGUUUCUGCAUGAACUGCCAAAAGCGUCACGACGUGUCCGACGAUGGCCACGUGGCAUCGACCAAGUCGUUUGUGAGGAUCCACUCGCCAGCGACGUCGCCGCAUGCUGCCCGAGCGGAAUUGAAUCCGUUGGCAGAACACUCGAACCUGUCAGUGGCCCUCACCCAAGCGCGAGAGGACGCCCUCAUGCGGCUCCAUGCCAAAGACGAGCUAAAGCACCUGUCCAAGCAGCUGGAGGCGCUGCGUCGAGAUUUAGAGGCAGCACCGAACACGAAUGCCCUCGAGUGUAAACUGCAAGAGCUAGACGUGUUCGAGAAGCAGUUGGUAGCCAACGUGGGUCGUGCAUCCCCACAGUCAUAACAAGGUGGCAUCCAUCCAUCAUAUACGAAUUGGUUGUUCG